AUGUGGAGUCGAGUCCGAACUUUGCUGUCGUCAUCCAUCUUGACAACGGCAGCGGGAGCGCGGCUCCACGUGGGCCAGCGCGCCUCCCUCACCAAAGUCUUCUCGGCGCGCCACGUGGAGCUGUUCGCCGAGCUGACGGGCGACACCAACCCGCUCCACCUGGACGCCGCCUACGCCGCCUCCACCGCCUUCGAGGCGCCCGUGGUCCACGGCGUCCUCGUCAACGGGCUGAUCUCGGCCGUGCUGGGCGCCGAGAUGCCGGGCCCCGGCUGCGUCUUGCUGUACCAGGAGAUCCGCUUCCCGGCGCCGCUCUUCGUCGGCGAGGAAGUGCUGGCCGAAGCCGAAGUGCGCAAGAUCAAGAUGUCGUUCGCCUUCAUCGGCGUGACGUGCUCGGUCAAGGACAAGGUGGUGAUGGAGGGGGAAGUGAUGGUGAUGAUGCCCGAGGAGCAGCAAGGGAAGUGAGACUUUUUAGGCCAUCAUUUGAGGACAUAUUUUUUUUGUUUUGUUAUUAUUGAUGGUGUACAUCCAUCACAGUUGGCCUGUUCUGUUGUCGUUUUAUGUUGCCCACUUAAAUAAAUAAAAGUUUCUCAUUCAUG